AUGAUAAGUCGAGACACUGGGUUCUAGGAUCUGGAGAGUGGAAUUCAAAGUAAUAAUUUAUCAUCAGGGCAAUUGGUUGAUUUGGAUUAACACAGCCCAAAUAAUGGAUAGUAAUUGGAUCCAACUCUGGAGUUUUCUUAAUUAUAAUAACUUGAAGCUCUAAGAAUGAAAAGGGAUAUUUUCGAUAAUAAAAAUAAGCAAGCAUUAAAUUUGGGGAAUAAAUCAGAUAUAAACGAGGAGGAUUGUCUAAUUAGCAAUUUAAGGUAUGUUAGUUCGAUAUAAUAGUGGAAAAAGAAGUGAACCUUAAGGCUCUAUCAGUUCUUUAAGUUGCAACUAAAAGAAGCCGAAGCAUCUGACUACAAAAACUCCAAAGCACAAGUCCAAUAAAACUAUUUAGUUCUAAUAAAAAUUGGAGUAAGACGAUUUUGUAAUUGCAUCUCCAAUUAAAGAAGGUACUCAAAUUUUGAGGAUAAAAUCCGAUGCUAAAAUAGCUAAAUAUUAAACAUUUGUGCAAAAAUUGGAGGAGGAACAGGAGCAAAAUGAGAAAUAGAAGAGAGCUCAAAUGCACCGUGACACUAUAAAACAAUAAUCAUUGGUUUUGCGAGGAAAGAGCAGAGAGAUGAAAACAGGGUAUUGAUAUUAAGUAAUUAGAAAGACUAAAUGAAGUUUGGUCACAGAAGGCUUUGAUAAUUAUAAGACUAGUCUCUCGUUUCAUCUAGUAAUUGAAGACUAAAACAGAAAGAAUUAAAUUUCGACUAAUAACUUAAAGAAUAUUUGAAGUAAUUUGCGAUAAUAGUGCUAACUUUGAGUAUAUGUUAAUCAAUAGAUUAAUUAAACAGAAACCAAGUUUUGGAUUAAUAAUAUUCCAUCACUUUCAAAGUCGAGCGCUAAUACUAUUAAACGCAAUUGAAUCAAUCAAUGAUUUUUUUGGUAAAUAUGUUAAAGUGAUAAAGCCUGAUAGUUUAUUUAAGAUAGUUUGGGAUAUUAUUCUAUUAUUAUUUAUUGUGGUUAAUAUAUUUUAUAUUCCAAUAUAUAUCAGUUUCGAUGUUAGAUCGUCUGGAUUAUUUGAAUGGAUAUUUGAUUUAUUGCCCUCAUGGGUAUUUAUUGCAGAGAUUCUCUUAAAUUUUAAUACUGCUUAUUACGAUAAAGGAUUAAUGCAUGAGGAUAGAAAACAGAUAAUGAAACACUACGUAAAAGGUAAUUUUUUUUGGGACAUAAUCGUUGUGAUCCCUUUCUUGAUUUCGUAUUUGGACAUCCCAUUUGUCAGAUACACAUUAUUAUUGCGACUUACGAGAUUAUCUCCAUUAAUGACUAGCAUUGAAGAAGUCCUGAAUCUAGAAGUAUUUAAAUGUCUCUAUCAAAUAAUAGGAUAGUCUCUAAGUCUUUCUGGAUUUAUUAAAAUUGAUAUUCUUUCUCUUAUUAACUGGUCAUUUUUGCGGAUGUGCCUGGCAUUGGGUUGCAAUAAUCGAAUAUCAAAAUUAUGGAUAAGAAAUAACUUGGCUUACUCAUUAUGAACCCAAUGCCAUGAAUUAUGAAUGGUUUGAUAGAUACAUCAUAUCCUUAUAUUGGAGUGUGAUCACUACUGUUACUGUAGGUUACGGUGACAUUGUGCCUGUUACCACGGUGGAGAGAGUCUUUGUUAUAGUAGUAACCCUGCUGAUUUGUGGUGUGUUUGGUUAUUGUUUGUCUAAUAUUGGAAAUAUAUUUAAACAAAUCACAGACAAGAAAGCCAUCUACAAAUAAAGAAUAAGAGAAAUCAAUCAGCAUAUUAGGAAGAGAGGUCUCAGUUAUAAUUUACAAUUAAAAGUACAUUUACAUUUAAAAAUCUUAGGUCAAAAAGUAUUUUGAAUACUUCCUGAAAGUGAAGUAGGAGGAGGAUCAACAUGCAGAACAAUUUAUAGAACAACUCACUAAACAUCUGAGGGAAGAAGUCUUAAUUGAUAUAUAUAGAAAGACACUCUAACAAUCUAGAUUUUUAAGGGAAAAUUUUAGUGAAGAAAUUCUCAAUCGAUUAUGUUAGAUAGUAAAAGAAACCAAAUUGUACCCAGAAUAAGUCCUUUUUUAAAGGAAUGACUCUCCUAAAGCAUUAUGGUUUGUUUUGUCUGGAGCAGUUGAGUAUGUUGCUGAUCAUUAAAGUAUAACAAUCUCCUUAUCCCACUAGAUGAAGAUGAACACUAUUACACUGAAACAUUUCUAAAGAAACUAACUCAAGGGUACUAUAUAUUUGAGAAUAUUAAUUAGAGCUGUGAUUGGUGAAAGAGAAUUCAUAUCUCAAACCCCAUAUGAAUAUAAUGCAAGAGCUACCAAAUUUACUUAAUUGCUAGUUGUCGAGUAUCUAUACAUAUACAUAUGAUUAGUUAUCAACAAUUCUAUUUAAUUUUGUAAGAAAAUAAUGAUGAAUUUGAGAAGUAUUGUCUUGCCAAAGAUAAUCUAUUGUUCAAUAGCAAUUAUAAAGCCUUUGGGUAAAUUUGUGAAAUUUGCGGAUGGACUCAUCGAUUUAUAUAGUAAAUCUAUACACUUAUAAUUAGAUGUCCUUUCGUCUUUCUAUAACCAAAUAAAAAUAAAAUAGCUAGUUCCUUCGUUUCUACUAAAACCAAUAAAAGAUUAUCAUUUCCAUAUAGAACACUUCCUAAAACUAAUUGGAGAAACAAUGUGCCUGAAGUAUAAGAGGCUGCCUUAGGCUAUAUUGUUUUGAAUAACAUCAUACCAGAAAAGUACUGAUUAUAUCAUCAUUCAAGAGAAAUAAAUGAUAAUUAUCUCAUUAAUUUGGGGUUUGAAUUAAAUGAUGGGGAGGAAGAGCCUUCAAAAAUUGCACCCAAUAAAAAGAACUCGACGUCUAGAGAUUAGAAAAUUUUAUCUCAAUAUGAUAACACACCUCAAUAAUAACCUAUACAAUAACCAUCCAUUUAAACUGUCCUUUAGGAUUAAAAGUCAUAAAAUUAAACAGCUAUAUUUCAUAAGGAUUAAUAAAAGGUUAAUAUGACUAAUGUAAUUUGUAAUGUUAAUUCUUUAGGAAAGCUUUGUUGAUUGGGAUUAGGGUAGUCAAUUGAAGAGAAGCAUGAAUCGAAUCAAAUUCUAAGGUCUUGACAGAGGACGGACACUUCAAUCAAUCAAGGGAAAAUACCACUAAAAUAACCCAGAUGUUUUAGAAGAAUCCAUGAUUUAAGAAGAAGUCAAAAUUUAAAAUACCAAUAUUGGAUCUUAAAAUUUUAUUCAUAACAAACUCAAAAUGGUCAAAAGUAAGCAUAAUAUCCAAAAUCCGAUCGGAAUUAGAAAAGUCUCUUGGCUUGAAUUUGAUAGUGGGGUGAGUCAAUAGUAAGGUUUGUAAAAAUUUAUAAGUAUUUUUAGAUGGUAGAGCUGCCCAAUAACUAUUUAAUAAGUAAAUUAGUAAAGGAAGCGAAACAAACUUUGAUUAAUCUGCACCGGUAAACUAAUAAGAAAAUGAUAUCAAAUAAAGAAUUGAAGCCAGAGAAAAUAGCAUAAAAUCCAAAAAGACAAAUAACAAGUAGGAUAUAAUUUUUUAAUUUAAGUAUUGAUAUAGCAAGAAGGAAAAAAAGAAGAAAAACUACUUAACUUUUAUAAUUCUUUUAAGGUAUGGACAAUGGAGACAACAAAUCAACAAAGAAAGUUGAAAAAGGUAUCUUGGGAAAUGAUGUUUACAGUUCCAGUGUUUAUACUACUGGAGGACCAAGUAAUACUGCCUUAUUGGAAUCGAAUAAUAAAGAUGCUAAUGCUGAUAACAAUAGUGUUCAUGUCAAUCAUUCAUUUGAUGGGAUUUAAAAGAGAAUCCAAGAUAUUGUACAUGUUCACUUUGAAAUGGAUUUGGAUAGAUAUAAAUCUUCGAAAUUUUAUUUCCCAGAUUAUAAUUUGGAUGUUGUAAUAUAAAAAAUUACAAUAUAUUAUGAAAAAUUGAAUGAUAAAAAGAAUGAUUUUGAGGCUAGGGAAAUGAAAAGAACGAAAACCAACCUAACGUUAUUUGAUAGGAUUAGGUAAGCGAAAAGCUAGAAUCUUAGAGGAAGUUUUGUGGAGAAAUCACUAUAGGAUAAUGACUGA